AUUGCAGAGCCUCGCUUUAUACCUUCACUCUCCAUGUACCCGACAUAUGACAUUGGAGAUCGAUUAGUCGCUGAGAAGGUUACUUAUGCAGCAGCAGAGCCAGACACCAACCCAGUCGUGAAGGCUGUUUUUGACAACGCGGCGUUCAAGGCCUUCAGAGCGUUUGUGGGAUUGGAUGACGAUGUCUUCAUCAAGCGCAUCGUGGCCGUGGCUGGUGACACAGUUGAGGUGAAGAAUGGGCAGCUUUUUGUGAAUGGGCAGCCGCGGUGUGAGAAGUACAUCUAUGAGAAGCCUCGCUACACGCUGAAGCCACAGACGGUGCCCGCGGACCACGUCUUUGUCAUGGGGGACAACCGGAACAACAGCUUUGACUCGCACAUCUGGGGCCCGCUGCCUCAGAAGAACAUUAUCGCGCGCGCUGUCUUCACCUACUGGCCUCUCAACCGCUUUGGCAGC